AUGGAUAAGAUUCUUUGCUGGAAUGUGAGGGGGCUGAACAGAUUGGCUAAACAAAAAGAGGUGAGAAGCUUCAUCCACUCUCAUCAAAUCAAGUUGUUCUGCCUCCUGGAAACUAGGGUGAAAGCUCCAAAAAUGGGGGAUUUGUACCUCACAGUCUGUCCUAAUUGGUGCUUCACCUCUAACCUGUGUCAUCAUAAGAAUGGUAGGAUUGUCCUUGCUUGGGACUCUGAUGCUUUCACUGUUGAUAUUGUACAUAUGGAAAGUCAGCUUAUUCACUGCCAAAUUACUCCAAGGGGAGCUAUGGGGAGCUUCUUUGCAACCUUUGUGUAUGGCUUCAAUACUGCAGCUGAUAGGAUUCCAAUGUGGAAUAGUUUGGUUAACCUUGCUACUAGUGCAGCUUGGAUCAUCAUGGGGGAUUUUAAUGCCAUUAUGGAGCUUGAAGACAAAAUUGGUGCUCCUGUCAGGUUUACUGACAUUCUUCCCAUGAGACAGUGUAUGGCUACUUGCCAACUGAAUGUUGUGAAGACUACUGGUAGACAUUAUACAUGGAAUAAUAAACAGCAGGCAGGAGAUAGGGUCUUUACCAGGAUAGACAGAGUGAUUUUAAAUCCCAGUUGGGACAAUUUGGUGCCAACUGCAGAGGCCAUGUACCUUCCAGAAGGGGAAUAUGAUCAUUGCCCUAUGAUCUUGACUACCUACAAUGUCUCCUCCCAGAAGAAACCAUUUAGAUUCUACAAUAUGUGGACCACUUCAAGUGACUUUGUUCCAAUUGUUGAGAGAAACUGGAGUACCCACAUUCAAGGCUGUCACAUGUUUAGAGUGGUGCAAAAGCUCAAAGGCAUCGAAGAUGAUCUGAAAACUCUUAACAAAGCUGGUUUCAGCAAUGUUGAGGUGGAACAAGUGAGACUUAAGAAGAAGCUUUCUGAUAUCCAGGACAAACUGCAUUCUAAUCCCCUUGACACCACCCUAGCUACAGAGGAAAAAUCUACUGCAGUGGAAUACAGAUUAGCCCAUGAGAGAUACAUCUCUUUCCUUCAGCAAACAGCCAAACUCCAUUGGCUAGAGCAUGGAGAUGAGAACUCUAGAUACUUUUAUCAGAGUAUUAGACAAAGGAGGAAGCAAAACAGGAUCUUGUCUAUUUUGAAUGAAAAUGGAACACUGGUUGAUACUACAGAUGGGAUCAAACAAGCAUUCAUGGACUACUACAAUAACUUAUGUAAUCCCCCGUAA